AUGGCUGAUGGUCAACGCUUGUUCUAUCAAACCGAGACCGGUUUUUGGACCUCUGUCCCAGCUCCUGCUGCACCUCCUAAUUUGAACGGCGUCUCUGUUACUGUUCAAUACCAUCAAGCCCCUCCGGCUCCUCCUGCUGCGCCAGUGAUGUGGACUUAUGCCCGGCAUCUUGUGCCCCCACCUCCCCCUCCGGCUCCAGCCCCGCCAGCCCCGGCCCCUGCCCCAGCGCCGGCUCCUGCCCAUAUCGUCUGGCAUAGUGCGUACGGAUUCGCUACUCCUCAGCCAUCCGCUCCAGCUCCAGCCCCGCCUCCAGCUGCUCCAGCUGCUCCUCCUGCUCCUCCAGCCCCCCCGGCUCCCGCAGCCCCUCCGGCCUAUUUCAAUAACACCAACUACAAUAUUGUCUUCCGCUAG